AUGUCACCAUAUUCACCACCAUCAUUACAAUUCCAUAAUCAAAAUGAUACAAAUAUAUAUUUAACUUCAACAUUAGUUCAACAAUUGCUAAUAAAUAUAUCUGAAUCAAUCAUUGAUACGAAUGAUAUGCCUAUAUAUGAUAAUGAUAAUAAAAAUUCACUUUUUCGUUAUAAAACUCUUUAUCGUACUUAUCAUGGUGUUAUAUCGAGUUUUGUAUGUAUAUUUGGUUUAACAUGUAAUUUAUUUAAUAUCAUUGUAUUAACUCGUCCAUUAAUGCGUUCAUCAACAAAUAUAAUUUUAACAUCAUUAGCUAUAUCAGAUCUAAUUAAAAUGUUAUUUGUUUUACCAGCAGCUAUACUUUUUUAUUGUUUACAAAUAAAUGAACGUAAAAGUGAACCUGAUUUUACAUCACAUUUUCAAGUUACAUUUUAUAUGAUACAAAUGUUAGUUGCAUUAACAUUACAUUGUAUUAGUACAUGGUUAACAGUUCUUCUUGCUGGUUUUCGUUAUGUAUUUCUGAGUUGUAGAACUCUAACAGCAUCUGUCUCAAGAGCAGAUCGUGCAUUAAUUGGUGUUAGUACCGUAGUUAUUGUUUCAACACUACUUUGUAUACCAUCAUAUAUAGAACAUCGUAUUGUUGAAAAUUUUAUUAAUGAUACAUCAUCAUUAAAAAACUAUACAAAUAUAUUACCAUUAUAUCGUUUUGAAGAAACAAAACUUAGUAAAUAUUUAUCAUUGCGUGGAACAGUUUUUGUUUUACACAGUGUUAUGUUUAAAUUAAUUCCAUGUUUUUUAUUACUUGUAUUCAGUUUUUUAUUAAUACAUCAAUUAAGAAAUGCAUUAGCAAAAGCUGAAAGAUUACAAAAACAUUCAAUAAUAUCAUUGAAUAUGAUGAAUAAUGGACGUAUACGUGGACGAAGACGUGAAAAAGAAAACCGUCGUACAACAUUAAUGUUAGUUAUUGUCUGUGUUUUAUUUCUUAUUACAGAAUUACCUCAAGGUGCCAUAUUACUUUUAGCAUUUCUUUCAAAGAAAAAAUCAAAAUAUUACUAUCAAAUCUAUCAACAACUUGGUGAUACAUUUGAUAUAUUAGCAUUAAUUAAUAAUUCCGUUAAUUUUAUUCUUUAUUGUUUAAUGUCACGUGCCUUUCGUGAUACAUUUAAACAAACAUUUUGUUUUUCUUGUCAAAAAUUUGAUCGUCGUGAAUCAGCAUUAUCAUAUAUGCAAUCAUCAAUAAAGAAAACACAACAUCAAUUAAAUGUAUCAAUAGCUUGUGAGCCUUUAUCAACAUAUAAAUCUGCAAUUGAUCAUCAAACAAAUAAGACGCCAAUUGAGAAUAAUACUAAAAGUAAAAAAGCAUCAGUACAAUUUUGUAAUUAUUCAACAACAAUUCCAUUACUUGAUGAAAAUAAAAUAAAUGGUGUACAAAAACACAGUCGAUUUUCAUCAUAA